AUGAGCUCAUCCCAGGCUCGCAGCCGCAAUCCAGCUGCUGCUGAUGCUACUGCCAAUCGAGAUCGCUCGCUCCAUCAGCUUCUCGAUCCCAAUGACUUGCUUCCUGGCCAUACCACUGCGGAUCUGUACAGCUUGCGUCACUUUAUCCUUCGAGGCGGUCUUCCAGAUUCACCCAGCUGGCUUCGAGCUCAGGCCUGGAAGGUGCUGCUCGGCUACCUGCCUCCAGAAAAGAAGGAGUGGUCCUCUACUCUUGCAAAGAGGCGUAAGGAAUACUACCAGUUCCUCAACGAUCUUUCUCCUCCUGCGGGCCCAUCUGAUCGACCUCUUCACGCCAGCCAGCUAACCAACAACGAUUGUCUUCUCGAUCAGAUCUACAAGGACCUGGUCCGCUCGCGCAAGAAUGGCUUUGCUUUUUAUCAAGCUUCACCUCAACCGAGUGCAUCAUGUCCCAUCGUACCGCUUCCUGAUACCGACAUGACGCAACAACACUCGACUGCCAUUCCCGUUGAGCGACUCGAUUCAUGCGACAAUCUUUUGCAUCGACUUGCGGCUAUCAGCCAUGAAUACGCACAGCAGCUCUCCCUCGAGCGCAUCGCCGCGAAAGGCUCGUCAAGUGGCUCACGGUACUCUCCAACUCGGAUCCUACAUGUGCAGACCUCCACCGAUCUCGCAGGUCCAAAUGCUGCAUCGCACGUCAUUGACGAACCUAUCAAAAGCCCCCCUAUCCUGCUUUCCCCUCCAUCUCCCAGUGGCAUGUCGCGCGAGUCUUCACACCACUCUUUUGUAUCUGCAAGCGAUGCACUGGAAACCGAAAAAAGCCUGCCACUUGAGCACGUUGUCCCAGCAUCAGCACACACGCAGGCUGCGCUCGCCGCUGACCAGCAUUCGCCUAAAUCGCACGUCCCCCCCACAGGCAUCCCUACUUCACGCAAUUGGCAUUCCCUUUUACGCAUUCUCUACCUCUUUGCCCUUCUUAAUCCUAGUAUCGGCUAUGUGCAAGGCAUGAACGAGGCUCUCUUCACCUUGCUAUACGUCUUUGGCUCUGCACAAUACCCACACACAGUCGAUGACGCCAUCACGCCUAGCAACUCGCAGCAGGAAAUCGUGACAAGCACCCACGGCACGGCCUACCGACCGUGGGACAACCAAGUUGAUCUAGCCAACCACACCACCCAUGCAGAGGCCGACGCAUUCUGGUGCUUCUCAGCGUUGAUAGCCGAAAUGCGAGAAUUGUACGACUUUGACCGGGUCGAUCAACAGAUUCGAGGUACCGCGCCUCUGCCGCACCAUUCGCAUUCCGGUAUGGCAGGCGCUCUUCGACGCUUCAGUCUCCGCAUCAAGUGGCUCGAUCCACCAUUGUGGCGUGAUCUGCAAACGGCCUCUCUCGAUCCGCGUCUCCCGUACUAUUCGUUACGCUGGCUCGCUUGUCUCCUCAGCACCGAGCUCUCCCUUCCGUCCGUGCUGCGAAUCUGGGACGCUUUGCUGGCCGAGCAACAGUCAGCUGGCAUCCCAGGCUCGGCCAAAAUCGAAUUUCUCAUCGAUGUUUGCGCGUCCAUGAUUCUGCAUAUCAAACAGCAUCUGCCCAGCAGCAAGUCCAAUACCGAUCUCGAGUCUGCAGGCUUCUCUGAAGGCAUGCGAGUGCUUCAAGAAUAUCCCGAAGACGACAUCAACCCCGUAGUAGAGGCAGCAACUCUCACACGACAACGACGCCUCGCCGCCGAUCUCACUGGCGAGGGGCCACCGGACGACUCUGAUGAGGACGAAGCAUCGAAUCCUGGCUUAGCGGCUGUCAAAGCGAGAGCUGCGCAGGCCUGGCGCGACUGGACUGGCCCAAGACAGGACGUUGCGCCUCUGCCAACCCGCGCCACCGUGCCUGCCCAUACCGCAGUGCCAACCACAAAAGGCGGUUGGCUUGUCUCCAGGGCCAGACCACGGCCAAGCCAGGAUUCCACCGAGGAGGCCGAUCUUUCCGUGUCCAGCAGCGCCGACGCAGCUGCCAGCAACGUCUCGACACCUUCAAAGAGCACUUUCGGUGGUUUUCUGGCCAAGUACGCAGAAGCGGUCCAGAGUAGCGAUGUUGCAGCCAAUUUCUCGAAAGCUAGCACCAAUCUAACGGCCAAAGCGAUGGCCUUUGCGGACCGCAACAGCCGAGAAUCGAACCCUGAGACAUUGGCGUCGCCUUACAGCAAUCAAGGCUACGGCUCAAUGCGUCGCAGAUUCCCCAUUGACACGAAAGGCGCAGGGAGCGGCGGCUCUAAUGCUCGCUUCGUUUCUUUGGGUUCAGUCGGAGCCGGCCUGUUCACCAGAUCGAGGAGGAACUUCAGCGAGAGCGGCGGUGCCCAUCCGAUGGCAUGGGGAUCACCACACUCGCCCGAUAUGGCACGUUGGUCGCGAGACACGAUGCCUGACUUUCCUUUGCCUAAUGUCGCCGACGACCCAGCAGGUCGCGUGGAAUACAUCGACACUUUUGGCAAGCGGAUCAGCAUGGCACCGAAUGGCAGACGCGGCACCUCGCCCUCUUCCUCGACUGCAGGAGACGACAGCAUCGAGCGACAGGGCAGCGAGUCCGGCGCGAGCGGCUUGCCGCUUCCCAGCAUGAGGGCAGCCGCUCGCAUGGGCAUCCUCCCGUCCCGGUUCCGUGAAGAGUCUGCCAGCCCUAGCAGCCGCUCAGCUGGGCCUAAACCGCUGCUCCUAUCUCGGUCUGCGCGUCCUCCUCGCGAAGGCAGCAACAGCCCAAACUCGUUGGCGGUCGACGAACCGUCUCGCAAGAUCUCCUCGGGACCCAUGGCGCACAGCAUGAGCCGUGGCAGCAGUCACCAGGACGGUCGAAGUAGCGUAGCUGGUAGCCGUCGAUCUUCGCGUUCCACAUCGGUCGCCGACAGUCGACGAAACUCGAUGGUCGAUUUUGGUGACAGCAUGCCUGGACUUCUAGAGCCAGGAGCAUUGCCACCUUUGCCGAGCUUGACGGCUCACAGCGCGGCAGCGGGCGUGAACGGUGAUUCGACGCACACUAGCGCUACGUCUGCACGAACGUUGGUAGGCGGCGUCGCUGGACUGCAGGGUUCAGGGGCGAAAGAAGGCACUGUUUCUGCGGGCGCGUUUGCGAGAGCUACGAAGCCGGCGGAUGUGGACCGCGACCGCGAACGACCAGAAUUCGGCCAAGUGUCGAGCUCUUCGGACGUGGCGCUGGUGCAAGCGACCAGUUCGAGCAUUUCGCGGCCGCGCGCAUCGCAUCGACAACGGACGUCGAGCUCGACGGUUGAAUCGCGUACCGGGUCGACCUCUUCAGUCGUCGGCCAUCGGCUGUCGAACCGCAGCAGCCAGACCACCACGGUCAUCGACAGUUGGGCGGACCCGACAGUUGUGAACUACGGCUUUGGCGAGUCUUCGGGUUUGGAUGCAGACGGUGUGGUUUCCGAGGAGCCCGGUUCGUUGAACGAUGUGUUUGCUAAACCGAGUCAAGGCUCGACGGGCUUGACGUCGGAACGGCGCGAUGUGGCUGCCGGUGAUGCGGCUUGUGAUAUUGGAGCGCGCGUGGAUACGGUUCGGUAUACGUUGACGGACGAUGCGGACUCGGCUGCAGAUGCUGCUCCGAGCAUCGUUCGAAGCAAACGCGUGGUCAAAGCAAGGCAGAAUUCAGCUUCGUCCGUAGCGACGAAUGCGAGUCGACGUUCACUCGCGGGACUGCGGAGGAGCAGUCGGAAUUCAGUGGAUCAACCAGCGCCCCUGUCGCCGCGACUCGCGCUCCCCGAGGUGCAAGAGCAAGCAGGUGCGUAUGCCGGUAUAUCGGGAGCAACCGAGUACGAAUCCGAGGCACAAGACCAGAGCCGCUACACAACGCACCGACGUUCGCUCCCUACAAACCAGCCCAGAGACGCGUGCACCAGCGACGCUCGCAUCGCAGACGGCGCCUCUACUCGGGCGAUCGGUCGAUCUGCGAGUCGAGGACAACCGUCGACGGAUCGGGCCAACUUUUUCUAG